UGGGAGCAGAGGGAGUCCUUGACCCUCGUGGCAAAUUUAUCCUCUUAAUCCUUCUUUCUUGCUUUUUCACUUUACGUGCGAUUUCAAUCUUUCAAACGUUGUAUUCACAUUGCCAUUGACACUUGAGACAUUCUUCGUUGAUUUUACUAUAACGAGGAAAAAAAAAAAAAACCACCAGCGCCACCGCCCCAGCAGCCACAGCAGCAACAGAAAAGCAAAGAAAGCGAUAAUCUUUCUUUUGCUGAGUCACAGAAAAAGGCUGAGGCGCAAACUUUUGCAGUCUUUGUGAACAUCGUCAUUGGGAACAAGGGAGGGAGAAAUGAAGUACGUUCUGGUGACAGGAGGUGUUGUUAGUGGACUGGGGAAAGGGGUUACUGCUAGCAGCAUCGGCCUUCUCCUUAAAGCCUGUGGCCUUCGUGUUACUUCAAUCAAGAUUGAUCCUUACCUCAACACAGAUGCAGGGACUAUGUCUCCUUUCGAACAUGGAGAGGUGUUUGUCCUUGAUGAUGGUGGCGAGGUGGACCUAGACCUAGGAAACUAUGAACGCUUUUUGGACAUCACCUUAACACGAGACAACAAUAUAACCACAGGGAAAAUAUUUCAGCAUGUUAUUGACAAGGAAAGAAAGGGAGAUUAUCUUGGAAAAACUGUCCAGGUGGUUCCACACGUUACAGAUGCCAUCCAAGAGUGGAUAGAGCGUGUAGCAAUGAUUCCAGUGGAUGGAAAAGAAGGACCAGCUGAUGUUUGUGUCAUUGAAUUGGGUGGAACCAUAGGGGACAUUGAAUUUAUGCCAUUCACUGAAGCACUUGGGCAAUUCUCAUACCGUGUAGGUGCUGGCAAUUUUUGCUUGGUUCAUGUCAGCCUUGUGCCUGUUCUCAAUGUUGUUGGUGAACAGAAAACAAAGCCCACCCAGCAUAGUGUUCGGCUACUUAGAGGACUUGGUUUGACACCAAAUAUUCUAGCUUGUCGAAGCACAAAGGCACUUGAUGAUAAUGUGAGGGAAAAGCUCUCUCAAUUUUGUCACAUACCGGCUGUGAAUAUUUUUACUCUAUAUGAUGUUCCAAAUAUUUGGCAUGUUCCUCUACUGUUAAGAGAUCAAAAGGCACAUGAAGCAAUCUUGAAAGGACUAGGCCUUCAUGAAAUUGCCAGUGAGCCAAAUUUAACAGAGUGGAUUGAAAGGACAAAAGUUUGUGACAUGCUGCAUGAUCCUGUUAAAAUUGCAAUGGUUGGAAAAUACACUGGGCUCUCUGAUUCUUACCUCUCUGUUUUGAAGGCUCUUUUGCAUGCAUCUGUUGCUUGCUGUCGGAAGCUUGUUGUAGAGUGGGUUGCGGCAGGUGAUCUCGAAGAUGCUAGAGCAACUGAGGCACCUGAUGUGUAUGAAGCUGCAUGGAAAUGCCUGAAGGGUGCUCAUGGCAUUUUAGUUCCAGGAGGAUUUGGUGAUAGGGGAGUGCAGGGAAAAAUUCUUGCAGCAAAGUAUGCUCGUGAAAAUAAAGUUCCCUUCUUUGGCAUCUGCCUAGGGAUGCAGAUUGCAGUUAUUGAGUAUGCACGCUCAGUUUUAGGUUUGAAGGAUGCAAACAGUACAGAAUUUGAUCCUGAAACUCCAGAUCCUUGUGUCAUAUUUAUGCCAGAGGGUUCAAAAACUCAUAUGGGAGGAACUAUGCGUCUGGGAUCAAGGAGGACUUACUUCAAGGUUACUGACUGCAAAUCGGCAAAGUUGUAUGGCAAUGUAAGCUUUGUUGAUGAAAGACAUCGACAUAGAUAUGAGGUCAAUCCCGAUAUGAUAUCAGAACUAGAAGCUGCUGGUCUGUCGUUUGUUGGCAGAAAUAAAAGUGGUCAGCGGAUGGAGAUUGUUGAAUUGCAAACACAUCCAUACUUUGUUGGCGUUCAGUUCCAUCCUGAAUUCAAGUCCAGGCCGGGAAAACCUUCUGCCCUUUUCUUAGGACUUAUAGCAGCAGCAUGUGGGCAGCUGGAUGCCCUUCUAGAGAAGGGUGAUGAAAGGAGCAAGGUACUAAUAAAUGGUAUUAGUAAUGAAAAACCAAUGCUGAGGGCCUAUCAGAAUGGGUGCGUUGUUAAGGCUUCAAAUGGAUCACUAAAUGGUGUGUAUAGCAAUGGGAAUGGUGUGCACCACUAAGGGAAUUACAUGGUGGAACUUAUCUGGUUAAUGGAAUUUAGGCUUUCCUAGGGCUUUGGAUUGAACUCAAUUCUCUUUGUACAGUUGCUGAGUCCGGUAUCAGUUUUGCCAUGGAUCUUAUUUAAAGAAAGCUGGGAUUUGAGAGUUUGAUGAUAAAAACUCGUGUCUGCUACGUUAGAGAAAUAUGCACUAAAGCAGUAGCAAAUAGCAAUACCCUGGUGCCAAAGUUUUCCUCCUUUUACUCGAGGAUUUUGGCUAUGUAUUAGGCUGUGAGAGGAGAAUAAGUGAAAGCAGAUUCUUAGAAAAGUAGCAUUUUCUGCUCUUAGUAUAGGAAGUGGUUAUGUUUGCGGUAAAAAACCGCGACAUAAUGCACGGAUUUGAAGAAACUGAAUUCCAGCUUUGGUUUUAUGUUGAUGGCUUUGUCCAUCUCUUUUGUUUGGUUUUGCAAUAUGUAAGUCGAGACUGAUAUGACUUGGAAGGAAAUUUUUGCUUUGUUAUACAUGUUGGCCAUGAGCUCCUGCUAGACUUCAAGCUUUUCUUCCUUGAGGGACUAUUACUGUAUUUGGGUAGAUUAAACAGUUCAGACACAA